AUGGCUACAGCUUCAAGGUUUCUGCGGAAGUUGCAGAGGUCUCUCAGGCUUUCUCCAACCCUUCUCCGUGGAAAUGGCGUAAGGCUUUCCAGUAAUUUUAUUCAGGAAACCACCGAACCGUUGAAUGUAUUCCGGCAAAUAGGAUCUCGUAUCCGACAUGAUUUUGUUACUACCAGAAGCUUCUCUUCUCAAGGUCCUGCUGCUAUCGAUUACAGUUCGGUUUUGCAGGAGGAUGAGUAUCACAAAUUAGCUAACUUCACGAUAAAUGACCUUCUCGAGAAAAUUGAGGAUUAUGGUGAUAAUGUCCAGAUUGAUGGUUUCGACAUAGAUUAUGGGAAUGAAGUUCUCACCCUAAAGCUUGGAUCUUUAGGCACAUAUGUAAUCAAUAAGCAAACUCCAAAUCGACAAAUCUGGAUGUCUUCACCUGUGAGUGGGCCUGCUAGAUUCGACUGGGACAGGGAUGCUAAUGCGUGGAUUUACCGGAGAACGGAAGCAAAGUUGGAUAAACUCUUGGAAGAGGAGUUAGAGAAGCUAUGCGGCGAACCAAUACAACUCUCAUAA